UAUCUUUUAAGGUCAUAUAUUCAUGGUGUUUAUGGGAUUCAUUUCUUGGUUAAUCAUAAGACAAUACUGAAAAACGUCAAUCACAUGGUGCUAAAGUCCAGGGCGACGUCGCUGUGUCACGUUUGUCUGAUCAACAGUUAAAAACCAAGAGAUCUUCAGAUUAUUAUCGCAGAAGAGAAAGAAAAGAUGAAAACAGGAAAUCUUUGUCAUUUUGCUUGUAAAAUUACUUAAAUGAUGAACUGAUCAAAAUGAUUUAAUUACUAUUUAUACAGUAUAGCAUCCCAGACAUGAGUUUAUGUGUCAGGUGAAAUGUUAAUAAUGUUAUUGGUGUAGAAUUGAGGCUUUAAUUGUUUCAGUCAAUUUAAAAGCAAAAUACCAAACAUUUGCUGGUUCCCCCGUCUCAGAUGUGAGAAUUUCCAGCUUUUCUUUGUCACAUAUGACAGAGAAUUAAUCAAAUAACUAUUAUAUUUUUGUUUUUGGGCUGUUGGUAAAACACAAAGCAAGAUGUUUUAGGGCAUUAUUUUUGGUUUAAAGCGGUUAUAAUCCAUAUAUAACAGUACAUUAAAUGACAAUGUGUAAACUCCCCUUGGCCUUGUGGAUCUUAGUGAGUUUCUGCUCAUUGUUCAUCAGUCUGGACACAGCUUUACUGUUGUGGUUCACUCUCUCUGCUCUCAUAGGCAGCUGUGUUCAGAGAAACAUCUGUAAAAAAAAAAAAAAAAAUAAAAAAAUAAAUACUGUCCUUAUACCUGCUCAGCAAUAAACAGCAGACAGACAAAGUCAGAGAGCAGCUGGGGAACAUAGUGGAGCAUUUAGCAGCUAAAGAGCCAGAUAUUUCCCUCAGGAGCUGGUGGAGACCAAACACAGAGCUAAAAGAGAGGGAAUACUGAACACAAACACCACAACACACGAGUUAUCAUCAACAAGUUCAACAUAUCAACUUAAAAAAAGUUGGUGAUAUGUCAAUGUUCUGUUCACAGCGUGUUUCUGCUGAAAACAAGUGGCCAAAUAAUCAGUUGUUGCAGGUUUAAGGACUUUAUUUAAGAACAUUUAACUGAUCAAUCAGUCCAUCAAUCACUCAAGAAAGCAUUUGCCGGAUUGAUCAGUAAUGAUCAUGAUAUUUGUUGCAGUCUUGGAUUUAGCACAACAGGGCCCCCUCACCAGAUGUUUUGCGCAGGUACCCGCUGACAGGUUCAUCUCAUGAUUAUAAACCUGGAUUUUGUGUAUGGAGUUUGGUGUAACAAUGUCAUUACUAAGUUAGGUCGGAACUCCUAUAGUAUUAUACAUUACUACAGUAUUUGUACCUGCUCCUCCUCUUUCUGUAGUAUACUAAUCUACUAUAUGUUGUGUACACUAUUCCUUAAUGGGUGUGUAGCGACAUUCAAACACAGCCUCAUGACCUAUGGCCCCUCCAGAUGAGUCUCUGUGAUAUUCCUGAAACCUUCAGGAGCCCCAGACCUCAUCUCAGAGCCGCUGUAAGAUCUGUGAUGUUCGUGGCUGUGCGGUAAACCAGCGCUCUCCGGCGAUGUGAUUUCUGCGUUUGUGGCUGCGUGACACUGCGCGUUUUUUCCUCUCUGCUGCCGACACACACACUUUUCCUCCCUCUUCCUCCUCCUGUCCUCUCUUUCCACCUCCUCCAUCCAUCCAUCCAGGCAGCCCGUCUGGACUCGACACCUCCUCCCUCCUCCGCCUCCUCUCUCUCUACGGCAGAAUAGCGGAGAAGAAGAAAAAAAUCUCAUAUUUCACCAGUGAUAAUAACCACAGCGCUGUCCAUUCACACGCACAUGCGGAGAGAGAGGGGGGGAUCAGCGGCGCUGCAGCAGCGGAUCGCUCGGCUGUCAGACGCAGAGGAAUGAUAAUUAGAAAGAGAUUGACUCGGCAACAAGAAGAAAAAGAGGAAGAAGAAGGAGGAGGAGGAGAGGAGCCGGGCCUGCAGCAGCAGCAGUGAGGCGAGCAGAGGAAUACAUGAAGAAAGAGAGGAGAGGAGGAGGGACUGAACUGAUCACAAUCUGAUCAACAAGAAGAGGAAGAAGAGGAAAAUCCGCGCAGCAGCAGCAGUUGUGUGUUUUUUUGUUGUUUUUUUUUUUUUGGAGAGAGAUGAUAGUGACAGCAACAGCGGAGGAGGAGAGAGAGAGAGAGGGGUGAGCUGGGAUCAAUAAUCCUCCCUCCUCCUCUUCCUCCUCCUCUUCCACCUUCAUCCCUCCAUCACCUCUGCAGGAGCCGCUGAAACCUAAGGAACUGGAAGUGUCAUCCAAAAGGAUGAUAAUGACGCUGAAUCCUGAAUGCCUCAUGGUAUCCAGGGAGAAGACAUACAUCUGACAUGAGAUUUAACCUUUGCUCAACACUUCCCCUGAUAGACCGACUGCAGGAAGACUGGCUGAGUCCUGCAGGUGAACCCAUGGACCAGGAAGAGGUCAACCUCUUGUCUUCCAUGUUUGCUAGAAGAUGAUCUUUGACGAACAUUACGUUUUCAGUUUGUGGAGCGUUGCGUUGUGUUGAUAGCUCAACUUUUGGUUCCAGACUGUUUUGAUUAUGGAGAGGGUCUGAACUGAGCUCAGAAAAUUUUACAGACUGUUUGAUUUGUAGAAUUACCACAGGGGCUCUGACCCCAGGAUUUUAAAUGAGGCCCUGCAGGGAAGCAGGCGAUUAGUCAACUUGUUUGGAAGUUCAUGCAAGGUGGUGCAGACUGAAUUUCUGCUGCAGCACUAGAAAAAACACUUGCACUGGAUGCUGGAAGAGAAAAAUAUCACUUGUGCCAUUUGUGUUGGACAAUCUGCAGCCACUCAACAAUGAUGAUGUGCUGUAUCUUUGAUCCAGAGGGACAAAUAAAGUCUCUGUCAGCUAUGGUCUGCACAGCUGCUUCUUGGAAACCCAUGUUCUGAUAUUCUGCAUGGCGUGCAGAGAGUGGAUACAACUGACUCACUGACGAACACAAAAACAAACAGACUGUUCUGACUGUUGGGGGAGAGGAAGACAAUCUAUCUCCUAGAAAUUUUGUUUUGUUUUAUAACUGUCAUGGGUCUGAACCCCAACAGGAACACCUGACUGAACCAGGGAAUGGUCGACGACUCAAUACACCUCUCCGAUUGGAGCCCAGAAGGACAAGGUCCAUCUUGAUCUUCAAAUCAGUUCUCGAAGAAGAGAAAGUCCUCUCCCCCCCACUUACCUCUUGUGGGGGGGAGGGUGAAGGGUAGUUAAGUUUUUAGGGUGUAGGGCUUAGGGCCAUAGGGUGUAGUUUUGUAGUUUAUUAGACAUUAGCCUUUAGGUUGUAGACUUGACUUUAGAGUUCAUAGUAAGGCAGCUGUGCUCUAGGUCUAGAUAGUAGUUUUAGAUUUUCUCUGUUGUGUUGAGGCUUCAGUUCAGUGUUUAGUCAGUUGUGGUAGUUUGGGCUCAUUUGCCUGUGACACCACUCGACCAGCCUCUCUGGUAUCUAACACUCAGCGAGUUAGCCUUCGGCUCUGCACCAGCUGUAGCUGUGACUCAGGCAGCAUUUCAUCUAGUGCAGACAGCAUUUAGGCUCCUUAGUUUAAAAUUUAGCAUUUGUAAACUUUGGUCACUUGCCAUUUUCCUGGCUUUUAUUUAUCCCAAGGUUCAAAUUAGCCUUUGUGUGCUAACUCUCUGACCAUUGAGCCAUGGAUGCUAAUCAAGGCCCAGGCCAGGGCAGCCCAGAAAGCCCGAACCGGGCCGUGGAAUAUCUUCUUGAACUCAACAACAUCAUCGAGAGCCAGCAGAAGCUUCUAGAAACCCAGCGGCGCCGAAUCGAGGAGCUGGAGGUCCAACUGGACCGCCUCAGCCAGGAGAACAAGGACCUGCGUUUGGACCGGCAACCUGUUGCUCCUCCUCCACCUGCUCCUCCUGAGCCUCCUAUCCCUCCUCCUCCUCCACCGCCUCCGCCGACACAGACCACAUCAACAUCCAUUUCUACAAAAAACCACCACCACCACCACCACCACAACAGCCAACACCAAACUCCUCCCCAGCCUCCUUCCUCCAUCCCCCUUCACCACAGCCACCACCACCAGCAUCAUCAGCAGCACCACCACCACUCCUCCACCCACCACUCCUACAACAGCACCAACAGCACCAGUACAACUGCUAUCCCGGUUCCUGCUCCAGCUUCAGCCCCAACCUCCAUCUCAAUCCCAACCCAAAUUCCGGCUCCGAUGUCCUCCCCAUCCCCGGCUCCACCUCCCCCUCCUCCAAUCCCACCCAGGGAUCAACCCCGGGCCCACAGCCGGCUGACCCGAGUACCCUCCACCAGCACCGGCACCAACACCAACUUCGUGGAGAAAGAAAAGGAGAGGCUUGAGCGACUGCACAGAGCCAAUGCUGCCAACAACCACCACGCCCACACCCUCCACCAUCACAAAUCUGUGGAGGGCGACUCUCAGUGUCCGGAGGCGCUCACUUUUCCUGAUUCGUCUUUCGGCCAUCCGCCUCCCUUCCAUCGCUAUAGCAACAUCCCCCUCUCCAGCCCCUGUGAUCCCUACAGCUCUGCCUCCACCAGCGGGCCCCUGGGAGCCUCCCACAUACACACUCAGGGCAGCUCUCCCAUCUCUCCCCCCAGCCCGGCGAGCCUCGCCUGGGCUCAGCGCAGCAGACACCAGCCGGCCAGCCUGGCGCUCCGCAAGCAAGAGGAGGAGGAGAGCAAACGCUGCAAGGCUCUCUCUGACAGCUAUGAGCUCUCUACAGACCUCCAGGACAAGAAGGUGGAGAUGCUGGAGAGGAAGUAUGGGGGCCAGUUUGUGUCCCGACGGGCAGCGAGGACGAUCCAGACGGCGUUCAGGCAGUACCGCAUGAACAAGAACUUCGAGAGGCUUCGCAGCUCCGCAUCCGAGAGCAGGAUGACCCGGCGCAUCAUCCUGUCCAACAUGAGGAUGCAGUACUCGUUUGAUGAGCGUCAGCCGCAGGGUCAGGGGUCAGCAGGUCAGCAGGGGUCAGAGGACGCAGGAGACAUGGACGACUCCUUCUCUAAGCAGGUGAAGUCCCUGGCCGACUCCAUGGACGACUCCCUCACCUGCCAGUCCGGCCGUGAAGACUCACAAGAAGCGGGGGGAGAGGGGGAGGAGGAGGACGACGACGAGGAUGAGGAGGAGGGAGAUGAAGAGGAGGAAGAGGAGGAGGAGGAAGGGGAGGAGGACGAGGAGGAAGAUGAGGAUGAAGAUUACAGACAGUGUGCAUGGCGCAACACCAGCGCAUCCUCCCGACGCCCCGCUGGCCGGGUGGGAGGAGUGGGGAGAGGAGGCGUGGGCGGAGGUGCCGCCAUGCACGAGGACAGCACCGCCACCUCCUUCAGCGAUGUCACCCUCUACAUGGACGAGGGCUGCCUCCCCUCCUCGCCUCUGUCCCGCCCACCUUCCUCGCCACUUUCCCGUCCCGCCUCCAGUUCUGACACAGACUACUGGGGGGGAGGAGGGGGAGGAGGUGCAGGUGGAAGAGAGGACAGCAGGGACACCGAGGGGGGCAGCAACGCGAGCCGGAGGAGCAGCACCCCCUGUACAGAGUGUCGGGGGGAGUACAGGGGGAGGACAGGAGGAGGAGGAGGAGGAGGAGGAGGAGGAGGACACCUCCCUGUCCUGACCAUUGAACCGCCAAGUGACAGCUCAGUGGACAUGAGUGACAGGUCGGAGCGAGGCUCCAUCGGACGCCUGGUGUACGAACAGGAGCCGUCAGGAGUCGAGCGAGGAGGAGAGAGGGAGAGGAGGGGAGGAGGAGUGGAGGGAGAGACCGGAGAAGAUGAGCGAGGAGGGGGAGGAAGCAGCGAAGCUGACUCGCCACAGGGGACCAUCAAACACAAACCGAACGGUCGCUCGGUCGCCACGGCGCAGGGACAAACCCGCAGCCCCGCCAACGUCCCCCUGCCGAUGCCUUCAGCCCGCACCCUGCCUACACACCCACUCCCUCACCCACUCCAACACCCACAUUCACACCCCCACCCACACCCACAUCCACACCCACACCCACACCCUCACCCGUCGCCCAUCCCCCACCUGCCCACCAUCCUCCACCAUCACCCGCAGUACAGCCAGCCACAUAUCCUGCACAUGCACCACGGGCACGGCGGCAGCCCUUACAUCCAGCACGCGCACCACUUCGCCCAGCACCACUACCAUCACCUGCACCACCAACACCACCACCUCCCCCAUGUUUACCCAGAGCCCCCCUCUUCUCCUCUGCCCUCCCCUGUACCACCGCUUACACCUCUCUCACCCCUGCCGCCGCCACUCACACCCUCACCACUGUCUUCCUCAUCUUCCUCGGCACUCCAAAACAUGGAGGCCCAGCAGCAGCAGCACCUCGCCCACCACCCCCACCUCCACCACCACCACCUGCUCUGCUCGGACGGAGACAACGAGAGCGUCAACUCCACCACCACCAACUCCAACGACGACACCACCGUCAACAACUGCAGCUCCGGCUCGUCGUCGCGUGACAGCCUACGGGAGCCAAUCGGAGGGGCCACACUGGGGAAACAGACCUAUCAGAGAGAGAGCCGCCACAGCUGGGACUCACCCGCCUUCAACAACGACGUGGUGCAGCGGCGGCAGUACCGCAUCGGACUCAACCUGUUUAACAAGAAGCCAGAGAAGGGGAUCCAGUACCUGAUUGAGAGGGGGUUUGUGUCGGACACGCCGGUGGGCAUCGCCAGGUUCAUCCUGGAGAGGAAAGGACUGAGCAGGCAGAUGAUCGGAGAGUUCCUGGGCAGCCGCCAGCAGUUCAACAAGGACGUCCUGGACUGUGUCCUGGAUGAAAUGGAUUUCUCUGGGAUGGAUCUUGACGAUGCUCUGAGGAAGUUCCAGGCUCAGAUUAAAGUUCAGGGUGAAGCGCAGCGGGUGGAGCGACUGGUGGAGGCGUUCAGUCAGCGGUACUGUGUUUGCAACCCGGUGCUGAUCCGGCAGUUCCAGAACCCAGACACCAUCUUCAUCUUGGCGUUUGCCAUCAUCCUCCUGAACACGGACAUGUACAGCCCCAACGUCAAGCCGGAGAGGAAGAUGAAGCUGGAGGACUUCAUCAAGAACCUGCGAGGUGUUGAUAACGGGCAGGACAUCCCGAGGGACCUGCUGGUGGCGAUCUAUGGAAGGAUCCAGAAAUGGGAACUGAGGACCAACGAUGACCACGUGUCCCAGGUCCAGGCGGUGGAGAGGAUGGUAGUCGGCAAGAAGCCUGUGCUGUCGCUGCCUCAUCGCAGGCUGGUUUGCUGCUGUCAGCUGUUCGAGGUUCCAGAUCCGAACAGAGCUCAGAGGAGCGGCGUCCACCAGAGAGAAGUCUUCCUGUUCAACGACCUGCUGAUGGUGACGAAGAUCUUCCAAAAGAAGAAGACUUCGGUUACCUACAGUUUCAGACAAUCGUUUCCUCUGGUGGACAUGCAGGUCCACACCUUCCAAAACACCUACUACCCUCACGGUAUCAGACUGACAUCAGCGAACCCUGGAGGAGAGAGGAAGGUGCUGAUCGUCUUCACGGCUCCGAGCCAGCAGGACCGAGCUCGCUUCACCUCCGACCUCCGGGAGAGCAUCGCAGAGGUGCAGGACAUGGAGAAGUACAGGGUGGAGUCUGAGCUCGAGAAGCAGAAAGGUGUGAUGCGUCCUGGUGUAAUGACAGGGGGAGGACCCGGAGGCGGAGGGACGCCGGGGGGUGGGCCCAACACCGGCGGUGGGCCCAUGAAGAGCGAGGUGGUGAACGGCACCCUGGGUAGGCCGAGCCUCGACGACACAUACGCUUCGGUGGACGGACUCAAACGCACGGCGCUCAGCUCCUCGUUGAGAGACCUCUCAGAAACAGGGAAGCGAGGUCGUAGGAACAGUGUGGGGUCAUUGGACAGUACCAUUGAAGGUUCCAUUAUUAGCAGCCCUCGGCCUCACCAGCAGCGCCCCUUGCCUGCUGGAGGUCUUUCCUACAGCCCCAUAAUGGUUCCUUCGUCUCCAGCAGCCUACCGGCCACACCGCCCUACUCAGAGCCCCGGUACAGGGGUGGGGGGUGGGCCGGGGCUCUGUCACAACCAGGGAGGGGUCACCACCUCCCCACUCGUGAGCGGGGGAGGGGCUGGGGGCGGAGGAGGGAUGGUGGGUGGGGGAGGCCCGACUGGCGGCCUGCUGGGGAAUUUCUUCGGCAGUCGCAGAGGCAAGGUUCCUGGUCCCCUGACGAUGACGUCGCCAACUCCUCAGGGUCCUCCGAGUCCCCUGAUGAUAUCAUCACCCCCCCACUACCCCGCCCCCGCACCUCCCAUCCCCCACCCAUCCUCCCCUUCCCCAUGCCCCUCCCCAUCGGCCAACCUCGGCCAGUCGGACUCGGGAGGAGUUGGAGGGGGAGGAGGUACGGGAGGGGGACCGUCCAAGCUUCAGGCUUUGCACGCCCAGUAUUGCCACGGCAACAGUGGAGGAGGCGGAGUCAGUGUUACUGGGCACCAGCAGCAGCAGACGCCACCCCCACCUUACCACCAUCAUCACCGCUACCACAUGCAGAGCAUCCCGCAGCACCACGCCCUCUCCCACAGGUUCUCUGCCCCCCGACGGCAGGGCCCGCCCGGCUGCGCUCCCUCUCAUACCCAGCAGCUUCAGAGGAUGCAACAUGGCACCGCCCAGCACCCACGGUACACCAUGGGCACGGGCUUCACCACACCCCCACCGCUGUCCCCACACUCCCCCGUCACCCCUACUACCCCACACGGACUCUACCACUCGCACCCCGUGGUGGGCCGGCCGGGUGGAGGCACCAAGCUCCCACUAACCAUCUCGCACUCUCAGCCCCACCCCCACGCUCACACACACUCUCACAACCACGCCGUGCACACACACUCCCCGCUCAGCCCCUCCCCUUCCGCCUCCCCCUCCACCCACUUCAUCUUCUCCACCCCACCGCCCCAGACGCCCUCGGCGCGCCUUGUCACCCAGACACCUCCGCAGCCCUACGCUCCUCAGUAUCCGCCCCUCUCCUCCAUCCCACCUCCCCCUCCGCACUCCCCCUUACCUCCCCCUUCGACCGUCCCGCUCUCCCCGCACCCAGGGGUGGGUGGAGGGCAAGGGGGCGGUCCCAAAUCAAAACCAGUCAGCCGGAUCAGCACGGUCGUGUGAGAAGGCAGAAGGCGAGGACGGUGGUCCGCCACCCCGCCGUGAGCCACCGGGGGGCGGUAAUGAGAGGGAGCAGGAGAGGGAGGAGGAGAGGCGGA